AGUGUACUUUCUUCCGGAACACCGGUGGUUCUAGUGCCCCAACCUGGGCUCGGGUGACUGCCAGAGCACCUGGAGACAACCCUAGAGCGGACAUCUGGACCAGGGUGCAAGCCCCGGCCCUCUCCCCACACCCACAUGUCCGUGCAGCCGCCGCCGCCGCCGCCGUCCACCGCCGCCCGUGACCCGGUGACCCCGGAGGCCUGUCGGGGCCCGGUGACCCCGGAGCCCCGGGCAUCCGGACCCCCCUCACAGGCGCAGCCGCUAUUAAGGCAGGAGGCUACCGGGGAGGAGGAAGGGGAGGAGACAGGCGGCCAGGCCGCCUGGGGCACCGGCACGGCGGAGCAGCGGCGGCGGGGCUGGGGGGAGGCCGACGAGGGCCCGGGCAAGGCCGGCGGCACCGAGGCCGAAGGCUCGGGCUCCCCGGAGGACGGUGCGGGCGAAGGGCAAGGGAGCUGGCAGCCGCUGGUCGGCGGGCUACUGGGCCGGCCGCCCCGGUGCUGCCCCUGCGCGGCGCCCCUUCCCCGCUCCGCCGCGCACUGUUGUCAUGGAGGAACCAAGAUGGCGGCUCUGGCCUACACCCUGGGCAAGCGGGAGAUCAACCACUACUUCAGCGUGAGGAGCGCCAAGGUGCUGGCGCUGGUGGCCGCGCUGCUGCUCGCCGCGUGCCACCUCGCGUCCCGCCGCUACCGAGGCAAUGAUUCGUGUGAAUACCUUCUCUCAAGUGGCAGAUUUCUUGGAGAAAAAGUUUGGCAGCCUCACAGUUGUAUGAUGCAUAAAUACAAAAUGAGUGAAGCAAAGAAUUGCCUUGUAGAUAAACACAUUGCAUUUAUCGGAGAUUCCAGGAUCCGUCAAUUAUUUUAUUCUUUUGUAAAAAUCAUUAACCCCCAGUUUAAAGAAGAAGGAAAUAAGCAUGAAAACAUUCCCUUUCAAGACAAGACUGCAUCAGUUAAAGUGGAUUUUCUUUGGCAUCCAGAAGUUAAUGGUUCUAUGAAACAGUGUAUCAAGGUGUGGACUGAGGAUUCAGGUGCGAAGCCCCAUGUGAUUGUAGCAGGCGCAGCCACAUGGUCCAUCAAGAUUCACAAUGGUAGCGAUGAGGCGCUGUCUCAAUAUAAAAUGAACAUCACCUCCAUAGCACCGCUCUUAGAAAAAUUGGCAAAGACUAGUGAUGUUUAUUGGGUCCUACAAGACCCAGUUUAUGAAGAUCUCUUGAGUGAAAAUAGGAAAAUGAUCACUAAUGAGAAGAUAGAUGCCUACAACGAGGCUGCAGUCAGCAUUCUGAACAGCAGCACCAGAAACUCCAAGUCCAAUGUCAAGUUGUUCAGUGUUUCCAAACUAAUUGCUCAAGAAACCAUCAUGGAGUCUUUGGAUGGCUUACACCUUCCCGAAUCAAGCAGAGAAACCAGCGCAAUGAUUCUCAUGAACGUGUAUUGUAAUAAAGUUUUGAAGCCUGUGGAUGGUUCCUGUUGUCAGCCUCGGCCUCCUCUCACUCUCAUACAGAAGCUAGCUGCUUGCUUCUUCUCCUUAUCCAUGGUGGGGUAUUUAAUUUUCUAUGUGAUUCAUCGCAAUGCUCACCGGAAGAAUAAACCAUGUACUGAUUUGGAAAGUGGUGAGGAAAAGAAGAAUAUUCUCAAUACUCCUGUGUCUUCAUUAGAAAUACUUUUACAGUCUUUCUGCAAACUGGGCCUGAUUAUGGCUUAUUUCUAUAUGUGUGACCGUGCAAACCUGUUUAUGAAGGAAAACAAAUUUUAUACGCACUCAUCAUUCUUUAUUCCAAUUAUCUACAUCUUGGUGUUGGGAGUAUUUUACAAUGAAAAUACAAAAGAGACUAAAGUAUUAAAUAGAGAACAAACAGAUGAAUGGAAAGGCUGGAUGCAGCUUGUGAUUUUGAUUUACCACAUCUCGGGAGCAAGUACAUUUCUGCCUGUGUACAUGCACAUCCGGGUUCUGGUUGCUGCAUAUCUGUUUCAGACAGGAUAUGGGCAUUUCUCUUACUUUUGGAUCAAAGGAGACUUUGGGAUCCAUAGAGUUUGUCAGGUCUUAUUUCGUCUCAAUUUCCUGGUUGUGGUGUUAUGUAUCGUAAUGGAUCGACCUUAUCAAUUCUAUUACUUUGUCCCCUUGGUCACCGUGUGGUUCAUGGUCAUAUAUGUCACUUUAGCACUGUGGCCACAAAUAAUCCAAAAAAAGGCAAAUGGAAAUUGUCUGUGGCAUCUCGGCUUACUGUUGAAACUAGCUUUCUUGCUGCUGUGCAUAUGUUUCUUGGCAUAUUCUCAGGGUGCAUUUGAGAAGAUCUUUUCUCUUUGGCCACUUUCCAAAUGUUUUGAGCUGAACGGGAAUGUGUAUGAAUGGUGGUUCAGAUGGCGGUUAGACCGUUACGUAGUCUUCCAUGGCAUGCUGUUUGCUUUCAUUUAUCUGGCUUUGCAGAGACGUCAAAUACUUUCUGAAGGAAAGGGUGAACCUUUGUUUUCAAACAAAAUUUCCAACUUCCUAUUGUUUAUUUCAGUAGUGUCUUUCUUGACCUAUUCCAUCUGGGCUAGCAGUUGUAAAAACAAAGCACAGUGUAAUGAGCUCCACCCAUCUGUUUCUGUAGUGCAGAUUGUAGCCUUCAUCCUGAUAAGGAACAUCCCUGGAUAUGCCCGUUCUGUUUACAGUUCAUUUUUUGCUUGGUUUGGAAAAAUUUCACUAGAGCUGUUUAUUUGUCAGUAUCACAUAUGGCUGGCGGCAGACACAAGGGGUAUUUUGGUACUCAUCCCUGGAAACCCCACUCUCAACAUCAUCAUCAGCACGUUCAUCUUUGUUUGUGUGGCUCACGAAAUUUCUCAGAUCACCACUGACCUAGCCCAGGUCCUUAUUCCUAAAGAUAACGCAUCUCUCUUCAGAAGGCUGGCUUGUACAGUUGCAUUCUUUUGUGGACUACUCAUCUUAUCCUCCAUUCAAGAUAAAUCAAGACUCUAGGCACCUAAAAUCCUAAGAACAAACUCUUUGGGCUUACUUAGCGUCUGCCUAGAGGAGAAAAUAAUCUGCCUGAGAUAUUAAUGACUGUAAAUAUAAAUAUUUGGCAAGGGGACAGUUUUGUGAUGGCCGUUAAACUCAUGUGAUUGUAUAUAUCAGCACUGUAUAUAUCCAAUGUGAAAUGCAUAAAAUCAUUGAACCAGGUUGCAUCAUAGAGGAAUGCAUGUAGAAAGACUUUUCUACUGCAUCUGUGUCUCCGUUCAUAGGUGGUUAUAGUUAACGUAUGAAGGCAGGGAAAUGAUGGAUUUUCCAGUAAACUUGUGUACGUAAUUUACUUAGCUUAGUGAUGCCACUGAGUGUUUUGAUGUUCCCUCAGUUUGUAGUGACUGUCCCAUCUGCAUCAGUCCUUACAGAGCUCCCUGGUUCACUGAGAGCUUAGUGCUGAAGUGACUUGCAGGGUCCUUUCUGUCUUAUGUGCAAUGACGUGAAAUGAGAAACAGUAUGACGGACGCUAACUCACAUGCGUUCAUAUCCACUGUGUGUUUCCUGGUGUGAUUUUUUUUCCUAGCUGUGGUUUUCGGGUGUGUAAGCCUAACUCUGUACAUUUUGCCCUUCACAGAGUUGUUCUAGAGCUCCGUGACAAGGUUUUGUUAUUGUGGAUAUCAUCAUUAUUUUUAAAAAGACCAAAUUUCCCUUCCAAUCCGAACCUUCUCCCACUUUCUUUCCCUAAGUUAUAACAGGAUAAUAAAACUACCCUGUGGAUCCACUGAUGUUUUCUGGCCACUAAUUAAGUAUUGUGUAUUGUUUCCAAUGUUUGGAAAGUCCUUUAGAGCCAUUUUGGUAUUGCAUAUUAUUCCCUCCUUUUUUUUUUUUAAAUAUUUAUCGAUCUGAACCUGUAUAGCAUAGGGAAGUUUAAAGCCCUCUGAUCGAAAUGUCUGACCAUAGUAGAAUUUUAAAUAAGCUGGUGAUUUCGGAUAAUGAAUGAUUUGUUCAGUUGUUUUUUUUUAAGCUAACUGUUAAAGGUAUACAUUUAUUUAUCUGUUGUACAGAUCUGAUUAUGAUUUUUAAUGUAUGAAAAAGAUUGCACUUAUUUGCUUUUAUUCUGUGUGUGGUAAGAUGUAUUUUCUGUUCACAGUGUGUGACAAUAAGGAGUAAUUUAAACAGCAAAUAAAUGUUCCGUGGAGGCUUAUUUUUGUAUUGGCAAAAUAUCAA